AUGGGGGAAGACGUAGACGCCGUAGCCGGAGACCCCGGUGUCGGCAAUAGCACCGGACGCAGGGGCGACCCUCCCGGCGCACCCAGAGACCGGGACGACCACAAGAACCGGAGGCGGCAUUCCCGGGCAGCUCAGAGGCACACCACGGAUCGCCACGAAGGCGACGACGGCAAUGAUGAUGAUAGCGACGACUCGGACGCUGGCUCAGAUUACAGUUCCGUUUCAGUGGACGAACUCCCACCUAUCCGCUCCUACGGCCACACUUACCACGGGUCCGGUGUUCUUCUCAUGCCCAACGAUGAAUCUGAACGUGCCCGCCUGGAAAUUCAACACCAGCUGUUCAAACUCUGUUUGGAAGGCAGUCUUACGGCUACCAAGCUUCCCAAGGACCAGCCCCUGAACAUCCUUGAUAUUGGCUCAGGGACGGGAAAUUGGGCGAUUGAGAUGGCGCAGCAGUACCCUCAGGCCAAGAUUAUGGGUGUCGACUUGUCAGCGGCACUGUUGCCGACCAACGUUCCCUCGAACGUCGUUUUUGAGGUGGAAGACGCGACAGAUCCAUGGGAUAGGGGAAAGAACAGCCUUGACUUCGUGCACAUGCGCAACCUUGUGGGCGGCGGCGUCCCGGAGUGGAAGCCCCUUUUCGAACAGGCGUACGAGCAUCUCAAACCCGGCGGCAUGAUCGAGUUUGCGGAGGUGCGGCCGCGGUACUUUGAUCUCAUCGACAGCAGCUCGGACGAGCCCUCGGCACCGACCAACGAGGAGGAAAAGAAUGGCCCUAUGGCAGGCUGUCGCGAGUUCGAAUUGCGAUUUGCGCAGAUGGCACAGAUUGCGGGCGUGGAUUUUGAUCCGAUACCCAAGAUCCCCAGCAUCUUGACGGAUGUGGGAUUUGAGAAGGUUGGCCGUUGGUCGGACUUGGUGCCGAUACAAGCCGUUGGUCACGACGAGAAGAUGGUAAGGAAAGGGGCCCAAUUUGCCCAGAUGCUCGAAUAUGGAGGCCUGGAAAACUACUCGUUGGCCGUAUUCGCGAAAGGAGGUUGGGACGAGAAUGAUACCCGGGCCCUCUUGCAGAGAGUCCACAAAGAGUCGCGGGACCCGGCGAACGAGGCUUACGGAAAAGUAUCUUUUGUCACUGCGAGGAAGCCGAUGCAAUGA